GCCAUAGUGUGCCGAUUCAGUAAUGCCCUGGCAGCGGGGCUGUGCUGGGGAGGCCUGGCGGAGGGGGUGGCCCGACAGGGCUGUGAGGUCACAGAGCCCCGCUUUGACAUGCUGUGCUGCGCCAGCUGCGGGCAACACUGUGGCAGCAGCGGCAGCAGCGGCAACAGCAUGGCGCGAGCCUGGGGGGCCGUGGUCCUCGCCUGCCUCCUCCUGCUGGCCCUGCAAGCCUGGGACGCCCAGGCUGCUCCAAGGCGAGCGCAGGGAGCAGUCCAUGUUGAUCAAGAUGCUCAGUGGAAUCCUGUUCCUGAGGUUGGGGGGAAUCCCAGAGCUGUCCGUGGAGACAGGGGUUACUUGACUUCUCAACUUGAGCCUGUCCGUGAGCCUUGGGGCGAUCCCACAGAUGUGGCUGCAGGCGAUGGUUAUCCAGCUUCCUGGCUGGGUUUCAGGGCUGACCCACAGGCAGGUCGCAUGGAUGUGGCCAGACGGAGGGCUUUUCCAGCUCCUUGGCUGAAUCCUGGGCUGAAUCCCAGCUGGCAUCCCAGGGAGACCAACCGUAAGACUGUGCAGAAGGAGGCCUUUCAGAAGGGAAGCAGGCACACCGUGCCAGUCUCCGAUGAAGAAAGAGAGGCAAUGCAAGAGACUGGCAUGCCAGGGGCAGAUGCUGGGAGAAGGUCUGAGGCUGCUGGUCACGAAUUGCUGCACAAGUACUAUAUCCCAGUGACUGCAGUAGCCUUGGCUGUGGUGCUGUCUGGGCUAGUUGGAUCUUGCAUAGUCAUUUCACGGCUGAGGAAGAGAGACCCAAGGAGCCAGGGAGAUGAAGCAGCACUGGGACAAGCUGAUACUGACUCUGCCUGGAAAAGUGAAGAUCCAACUAGAGAUAAAGGCAAAGCAGAGUCAGGAGCAGGAACAAGAAAAGUUGAGGUUGCUCAAGAAAAUGGGACUUUCAACAACAGCUCCAGCCCAUCACUGUGGCCUUUUGUGGCAGAGCUCACGCAGCUGUACAGGAGCGCAAGCGCAGACCCCUCACCUCUGCCCGCUUGUCCCAGCUGCUCUUUCACCAACGAUACCUCUUCAGUGGACAAUUUGAUUUCUCUCGACUCACCUCAGCCUAACCCCUUCUGGUGUCCCUGUCACCAGUUCCAACAGGGAUACUGUACCUCAGAAGAUGAGUCUUUUUUAGAGUAA